UUCUUUUUUGUUUGCUUACUCAAUAAUCCUGUUUUGCUACUACAAUGACCUUUCUCUCAACCAAACUUCGACCUUUUUCACUUUUCUUCAAAUUGUAUACUUCUUUAUGAUUCUUGACCCCGUUUCUUGACCAUGAAAAGCUCAACUUCAAAAGGUACAGAGACAAGGGAGUUUAACUACAGGGAGAUAGACUGGGAACUUAGGCCUGGUGGCAUGCUUGUUCAAAAGAGAGAUGUUGGGGUUGGCUCUUCUGGGCCUAUGAUCAAGAUCAAGGUCUCUCAUGGCUCAUGUCACUAUGAUACUGAUGUCCCUGCUCAAUCCACUUUUGGGGAUUUGAAAAAGGUUCUUGCCAAUGAGACUGGUUUGGAGCCUAAAGAGCAGAGAUUAUUGUUUAGAGGCAAAGAAAGGGAGAAUGAUGAAUAUUUGCACAUGGUAGGUGUAAAAGACAUGUCAAAGGUGAUACUUUUUGAGGAUCCAGCUAGCAAAGAGAGGAAGCUCGAGGAGAUGAAGAGAAAUCAGGGUACGUUUGAAGCCUAUGAAGCUGUUGCCAGAGUGAGGGCAGAGGUUGAUAAACUUUGCGAGAAGGUUGUUGCAUUGGAGACAACAUUUUGCAGUGGCACUGCGAUUGCAGACAAAGAAUUUGUUGUCUUGACAGAAUUGCUUAUGAUACAGUUGCUUAAAUUGGAUUCAAUUGAGGCUAAUGGAGAAGCAAAAGUGCAGAGAAGGAUUGAGGUUCGUCGAAUCCAGAGCUUUGUGGACACUCUUGACAAUUUGAAAGUAAGAAACUCUAACCCCUUCAGCAAUAGUAGCAGUGCAGUAUCAGUGACUACCAAAUGGGAGACAUUUGCGUCUGGAGUUGGAAGCCUGAGUGCCCCAGUUCCAAUACAAUCUGCCACUAAAGUAACUCAAGACUGGGAGCUGUUUGACUAACCAUGAGUUCUGUUCACUGGCUGGUUUUGUACAAAUUCACAAUGGAUUAUGUAUUCCCAUAGGGCUUGAAACCCGUAUUGUGUAGCAUCUUAUGCUCUUUUGGUCACCGAGUGCUGUUUUUGCCGAGAAAUGGAGGGGCUUAUUCGAACCGCUUCUAUAUCUGUACAUAUGGCUUUGCUUAUAAUAGAUGAGCAACUUGUCUAGUCUCA